AUGGAGGCCACAAGGCCCUUCGCCUCAGGGUGGUGCGAUCAGUCUUUCCCCCUGGCGCUACGGGGCCUUUUGAAGCUGUGGCUCUGCGAGCUGUGGCUUCUCUUGUUGGGUUCCGGUUUGAACGCGUACUUUUUGCCGCACGAAGAGGACGUAGACUUCAUCAAUGAGUACGUGACUCUCCACAAUGACCUCCGGGGCAACGUUUACCCCAGAGGGUCUAACCUGCGCUUCAUGACUUGGGAUGUAGCUUUAUCACGAACUGCUAGAGCCUGGGGGAAAAAGUGUGUGUUUAAGCCUAAUAUUCAUUUAGAAGAAAUACAUAUGGCCCAUCCUACAUUUAAUGGUAUUGGUGAAAAUAUGUGGGUUGGCCCUGAGAAUGAAUUUACUGCAACUGUUGCUAUCAAAAGUUGGUAUGCAGAGAAGAAAUAUUUUAAUUUUGAAAACGAAACUUGCUCUAAAAACUGUUCUAAUUAUAUGCAGAUUGUUUGGGAUAACUCUUACAAAGUUGGUUGUGCUGUUACUCCAUGUAGAAGAAUUCAAAAUAUUAGACAUGCAGCACUUUUUAUAUGCAAUUACGCACCAGGAGGAGCUCUAUCAAGAAGGCCUUAUGAACCAGGAGUAUUUUGUAGUCGUUGUGGCAACCGUGACAAAUGCACAGAUUUUCUAUGCAGUAAUGCAGAUCGGGACCGAGCUAUAUAUUACCAAUUCUGGUAUCCAAGUUGGGAAGUGCCCCGGCCAAUUAUAUGUGAUCCACUCUGCAUAUCUGUUUUAUUACUGAGACUGCUGUUUUUUAUUAUGUGUGUCAUAAUUGUUUUGAUAGUGCAGCCUUAUUUUCCAAAUAUUUUAUUGGAACAACAGAUGGUAUUUACUCCUGAAUUAUCUAUAAUAGAGAGAGGAAAAGGGGGAAGAAAGGCAGAGAAAGAAGAAGAUAAAAUGAAAUAUGAAGAUGAAAAAGAAGAGGAAGAAGAAAAGGAAGAAGAGGAGGAAGAGGGAGAUGAAUUAUAA